AUCGGCUUAUCGAAUGACUUGCUGGCUGUCAAUUACUUUGAAAACAACAGCGUUACAAUCUGUUUGCGUUUCAUACUAUUCACGACCUCAUUCGAAAACUAAGGCCUUCAUUACUGACAAUUAGAUUUGUACGUGUUUUACCGACUGACUGGUCCGUCAGAGGAGGCUGAGACAUGCUGAUGACGCCGCUUUGAAAUGAAAUGAAAGGGGAAGUGAAACUUUAGGCUGCUGUGCGGACGCGAACCAGAACGACAGAAAGCAAACUUGAAAGUUGCUGAGGAAGUUAAGUGUCCUGCUGCGUCUCCUGGCCUUAGCAAAAUGAUGUCAACAGACAACCUGUACUUCAUCAUAACAACAAAACCUGACUACCCAGGACACAUCAAUGCUGGCUGCAUAUGUUUCAUCAGGGAAUACAAGUACAGAUCAGAAAUUAGUCACUCUCCCAAAAAGUUGCAUGUCUGCAAAGCCUGCUCUCCCUUAGAUUAUGCGAUAGAUUUGAGUUGCAUGGAGCAGCUGAGUGCAGAGGAAGCUGAGCUGCUGCAGGCCCUGCCUGACGACACAGAGAGGCUGAAGUGGUUCAAAGAGAAAAAUGCCCUUCAAACAGCACUGGGACUCACCAAGGGUACUCCAGUGACUGUGGAUCAAGGAAGACAGGAGCUUCGAGGCAUCAUCCGCUACAUCGGGACACUGACAGAGCCAACAUUUUCCUGCCCCUUGUCAGGAACUUUUUUUGGCAUUGAACUGCAGGGAAAAGACAAGGGGAAGGGGGAUACUGACGGGACCCAUGGAUAUAAAACCCUCUUCUCCUGUCCAAAAGAUUGUGGCAUUUUUGCCCCGUUCUCCAGGGUCAGGCCUGUGGUUCCUAGCACCUUGUCACCCUCCAUCCCAGAGCACUCCCCACAGCUGGACACAGAGGAGCUCGCUCCAGGGGACAGAGUCACUUAUUUCACCAAUGAUAAAUGUCGGCAUGGAAUGGUAGUGGAACUGCGGGAAGAGGAUGGAAAACAUGUUGUUCGGAUCUCCACAGACAUGGAUGAGAAUGGAAAAAGGGGAGGCGAAGUUGAAGUUCCACUAUAUGCGGUUGCUAAAGGGGAGGUGCCCGCAGGGCCAGAGAGCAUGGAAGUUGAUACUCCCCUGGAGAAACCAAACACUGAUGAUCUGUACUUGGAUCUGGCUUUGGACUCUGCGGUAGAGGUGACUGUGGCAACAGGCAACUCGUAUGGAACCAUCCGCUGGAUUGGCACUCUCCCUAGUCGACAGGAGACCAUGGCUGGACUGGAACUGGAUGAGGAAAUAGGAGUGAGUGAUGGUACCUUCAAAGGUGAGCGUUUUUUCAGAUGUGCCCAUAAAAGAGCUCUGUUUGUGAAGCUACGCUCCUGCCGUCCCGACUCACGAAUUCAACGCACAUCAUCCAGUCACAGCGAGAGGAUGCCAGCAGUGGAAACAGAAACAGAGAGGGAGGCAGAGCGCAGCACAGGAAAGCUGGAGGCUGUUCCUCCAAUCAGCGCGGAGCAGGUUAAACCGUUAUUAAUUGGACGAAUGAAGGGGAUCCAAGGCCACUGCAACUCCUGCUACAUGGAUGCUGCCCUCUUCAGCUUGUUCUCCUGCUCAUCUGUGUUGGACUCCAUGCUGUUUAAAUCAACAGAACCUCGAGACACCCCAAUUCAGAACACACUACUCCAUGACAUUGUUAACCCUCUCCGCAGGGAGGGCUUUGUAAAAGGCCUACAGAUCAUGAAACUCCGGCAGCAGCUGCAGGAACACGGCUACAGUCACUCGUUCACCACAGAUGAGAAGGAUCCAGAGGAGUUCCUCACUGUCAUCAUGCACCACAUUCUUGCACUGGAUCCUCUACUCAAACUCUCAGCAGCGGGUAAAGUUCAGGAGAGUUACUGCUAUCAGAUCUUCUUGGACCAGAACCACAGCCUGGUGCUACCGACAGUUCAGCAGCUGCUGGAACAUUCGUUCCACAGUUCAGAACUCAAGCUGGCAGAGGUGCCUUCCUGCCUCAUCCUCCAGAUGCCUCGUUUUGGAAAGAAAUUCAAGAUGUUUGAUAAGAUCAUUCCCUCUCUGGAGCUGGACAUCACUGACCUCCUCUCUGAAGGUCCUCAGCAGUGCAUGCUGUGUGGAAACUUGGCGAGGGAAGAAUGCCCAGCCUGUUUCAAAGAUCCUCUUUUCAGCCAGACGGGAUUCAAAGUGUUCUGCGAAACGUGCUCAUCUCAGGUGCACUCUCAUCCUCAACGGCGCUCCCAUCAGCGAGCUCCUCUGGACAUUCCCAAAGGUUAUGUGGGUCAUGGGGUUCCUCACUCCCUGACCAGAGACAAACUGGAGCUGUUUGCUGUGCUCUGCAUCGAGACCAGCCACUAUGUGUCCUUCAUCAAAUACGGACCAGGCAGCCAAGAUUGGAUCUUCUUUGACAGCAUGGCUGACAGAGAAGGAGAGAGAGACGGAUUCAACAUCCCAGAGGUUCAAGCCUGCCCUGAGGUUGGCAGGUACCUGGAAAUGUCUCCCGCAGAGCUGGCCAAUCAGGUGCCUCGAGAGAUGGAAGGUGUGGCAAAACGUCUCUUCUGUGAUGCCUACAUGUACCUGUAUCAGAGCACCAGCAUGUGUCUGUAUCGCUGAGAGGACACCUCAUGGCACUGGAAAAUCUCACAGCUUUGUCACUGCACAAAAAAAGUACUUUUGCUUUUGCUGUUCAUGUAGAGUGAUGUCCUUUUUCUGGUUUGGUUUGUUAUUCUUCAUGAAUGUGUUGAAGUACACACGUCAUAAAUAUAUAUUUGGGACUGAUCAACUUUUUCCGGGCCAAUUAUUAGUAUUCAAGGAGGCUGACUUUCAAUAACUAAAAUCUGGAACUGAUACACAUAUGCAGGAAAAAUUUAAAUCUUAGUGUCAACAUUUAGAAUAACCAGUGAUGGUAACUACAAUUCAUGUACUCAUUAAGUAUAAUUUUGAGGUUAUAAAGCUACUUGCGGGUUUCUAUGUCUGCUACUUUAUUUUUCUACUGCAUUUGUAGAAUUUGAUAAAUGUCAUUAGUUGCUUUGCAGAUUCAGAUCAUUCAAUGCUAAUAGCCCGUUUACUUGGGAAAUGGGACCAAUGAGAUAGAUUAGUAAUCAGACAUCAACACAAAUAAUCAGACAAAAGCUGAGCUGUCGGCCCUGAUAUCACCCCAUUUUCUGCCUGGUGCUAGGAAAGUGAAACCCGGGUUUCAUUAUUUAUAUUAAUUAUACCAUGUAAUUUACUGACAUUGCUUGCUCAAUACUUUUGCACUUUUGUUGGACUGUUGUAUGAACAGUUUUCUCUUGAUGUUUGAUGAUUAUCUUAAAAAAGUUAUAUUUACAAUUUUUACACUGAGAUUGAUGCAAGUUUUGCAUCUGAACUCCAGUGAAGAAGACGGCGGUAAUGAUUCGGAGUGGCCUGUAAUUUAGAGUCCACUCCACAGUAAUUUCUCAGUAAGCUUACUGCUGUAUCUCAACAGUUUUUGAUUCACAAGAGUUGAGGAUUGUGGCUGGACCAGUUGAGUUAUAUAUUUCAGUAAAAUGUUUGCAAAUUCUUUGUAAUAUUGAAUGUUUUACUUUAUUUGCUGCUGUUUUAUAUGACACAUGCUUUUUUUUAAGUGUGUGGGAAAGGUAAAAAUGAAAAGUUUGGGGAAAACUGCACUCAGUGGCUGGUUAUGGGUCCAGCCAAUUGGGGCCUUUUCAAUUCACGGAAUGCUUCAUGUUUAUUGCUACUGGUUUGGAUAUACAGUACAAUAAAUAAAGGCAUAUCUCAGUUCAACACAAACUUCAUGUGUUUUUAAUAAAGGAGAUGAAAGUACUGUAAGGGCUCUGCUACUUUUGGGACCAAUUCAAAUAAGAAAACCCCAGUCGAGCAAAAACAAAUGAGAAUAUGCAAUGUUUUCAUAUAUCAAUUAUCAGUGUUACUUUAUUUGUCAAUUUUAAUUUAAUUUGAAUGUGGUCAUGUCUUUGUGAUUUUCUCAGCAUGCAAAUGUGCCCACUUAUUACCAGGGUCAUACAUUGGAUUUACCAUGCUGUCUCUGCUAAAUGUAGCAUUAUUAAAUCCCUUAUUUAUUGCUUAAUUUGCCCAGGUGUGAUUUAUGUGCACUUUUAAAAAGGUUGCCUGUAUGUGGUGUUCCAGGGAUCAAUCUUUGGUCCUCUGUUGUUCAGUUUGUGCAUUUUCCCUCAAGGCAACAUCUGCCAAAGACACAUUAUGUUACUGGAAAAUAGGCUCAUGACACUUUUCACUGCAAUCCUGAGGCCUUUUAAUUCAUCACUGUGUUUUUUAUACCCUGAGUGUAUUAAAGACAUAAAUUAACUGGA